CGAUCGAAGUGGGGCUAUUGUGGAACAGGACCAGAUUAUUGUGGUGAAGGUUGUCAAGCAGGUCCAUGCUCAGGAAGUGGUGGCGGUGGCGGUAGUGGAGGUGGUUCAGCUGGUGUUAUUGACAGCACUAAAUUUGCCUGUGCAUUCAACACGAUUGACUCUGCAUUACGUGCUACCAGAUUCAAUGGAUUACUCGCAACAGGUUGGAAACCAGCCAACAGCGACGAAGCUGCUGUCUUUCUUGCACAUGUAUUUCAUGAAACAGAUGGACUCAAGACAAUGCGAGAAUACUGCGCACCAGGUUGUGGUUCGCAGUAUAGUGGUACUUGGUGCAGUAUCACCGCUGCACCGGGAAAAUUAUACUAUGGUCGAGGUUGGUUUCAGCUCUCAUGGCCAUGUAACUAUUACAAUGCAGGUCAAUCUCUCGGUCUUGAUCUUCUCGCAGAUCCAGACAUGGUAGAAAAUGAUCCUAAGGUAGCGGUGAACGCAGCUCUCUGGUUCUAUAAGGCAAAUGGUAUGGCUGCACCAGCUCAACGAGGUGAUUUUGCUGCUACAACACGCAUCAUCAAUGGCCAACUCGAGUGUAACAAUGGACCAGGCUACAAUAGUCAAUUGACCCGAGUAGCGACCUACAAACGUAUUCGUCUAUGUUUCAACCUCGGGGCGCCUACUAUAAAUCCCGUCUGUUAG